AUGGCCCGCGACAAGGGCCGAGUCCGUAGACCAGUCGUGUCGGGCGGCGGUGACACGCAGGUGCUUGCGGCGGAGGAGGCCGGACGGGCUGAGCGCAUCCGUGAGGCCGAGGCCAGACUGGUGGCUUUGCGGGCGUCGCUGGAGGACAGAGUGGCUGCGGCAAGGGAGGCGGCUGAGGCGCGGAAGGCCAGAGCUGACCGCAUGCGGAUCUCGCUGGCUGCAGCAGACGGCGAGGCGGCGGCGACGGCAGAGGCCGGCGGCAUCGUGGCCGACGGCGAGGCUGCUGCUCGCGCCCGUCCGGCACUGGCCGAUGCCGCCACGGGGACAAGCUCGGGCGGGGAUGCCGUCUCGGGCCUCGCCCGGUCAGACGUGGUGGUUCAUAUGGUUGUCCGCCCGCGCCGUCGUGAGACGUACAAUAAGGCGACGCAGACCCGCCCGCUGGCGGGCGAGGAGGCGUCGGGGCGGAGUGCGGCUGCGGCGGAGCGCUCCGGUGCGGACGGCACAGGUGUUGGUGGCGCUGAAGCUGGCAAGGCGCCAGACGCGGAGGAGGGCGAUGACAUGGCGCUGGCUGUGGCGGCGCUGGAAGCGGCUAUGAAGAGUGUGCCGCCGGCCGAGCGGGAGGCGCUCGCGGAGACCCGGGCGUGUGCUGCGUUUGUGGGCAAGGCGGCGCGGCAGAUGGAGCGCGUGCUUGUGGCAGAAGAGCGCGGCAAGCGGAUCGAGGAGGGGCGCGAGGGCGGAGCCGACGAAGAGGAGAAGCGAGGACUCGACAUUGCGGAGGUCUUUGCCAUCGACGUGCGGAGCUCGGGCCGCGACGAGCGCGGGGUGUGCGCGCUCGACUGGUCGGACGCGUUCCCGGAGCUGUUCCUGGUCGGGUACGGAGACAGCUAUGCUCGCGGAAACAACGCGUUUGCGCCGCGUGGGGCGGUUGCACCAGGCUACAUGGAGCUGUGGUCGCUCUCGCUGCCGACAGUGCCAGAGUAUGUGUUCCGUGCGCAGUCACCGAUCACGUCUGCAGCGCUUGUCCGGCAUCACGGCGGGCUUGUGCUCGGCGGAACACACUCGGGCCAGGUUGUGCUGUGGGACACGCGGACCGGGCUGGAGACGCCUGUGGCGGCGACGCAGCUGGCUGGCGCCAACCACGGCGGGCCGGUGCGGUCUGCGGUGGUGGCCGGAACGGCGAACAACUUGACGCUGGCGACCAUCUCGGGCGACGGCGCAUUUAUCACGUGGGCGGCAGACUCGUUGGCAGCGCCGACCGAACGGCUCAACAUCGGGUGUGCGCCGUCUUGCAUGGCGUUUGGCUCGUCUUCGCCCAACUCGUUCUACAUCGGCACCAUGACCGGCUCGCUGUGGUCGGUCGAGCGGCACGGGAGCGGCAAGGGCCUCGCCGCCGAGUACGCGCACCACUCGGCCAUGGUCUCUGCACUCUCAGUCUCGCCGCACACGGCGACGCUCGACUACGACCUCUUGCUAGCUACCUCGUUUGAUUGGAAGACCUCGCUGUGGCGGUCGGACAUGAGCUCUCCGGUCUACGUCUUUGACGAGUUUGUGGGCUACCUCUACGAUGUGGCAUGGAGCCCGCGGCACCCGUCUGUCUUUGCCACGGCCGGCGCUCGCGGCCGCAUCCAGCUGUGGGACCUCCUUGUCUCGCCCAAGGAGCCGGUGGCGUCGAUCGGCAUCGGCGAGAGCCUCACCGUAACCUCGCUCGCCUUUUCCUCUGACGGUUCUCGGCUCCUUGCCGGGGACACCUCGGGCCACACUGCGGUCAUUCGCGUAACUGGCGCCGCCCCAGGUGACGAUGACUUUGACCGCCUCGACGCCGUGCUCUCUGCUCUCGAGCAAGCUCUGUGAGCCUCGGACGCGGCCCUUCCGGGCCAGUUGCUCCUGAUCCAGCUGCUUGGCCAACCGUAAACGACUCGAUUGUGCACAC